AGUCCGCGGCCGGCGGCGGCACCGGGCGCUGCAGGCGGGGCCGCGGCGGGACGGGGCGCAGCGAGCGCCUCGCUGACCAGGAUGAACGGCAUGGCCAACGUCAACCCCGCCGGCCGCAGCCACUACGCCUCUGCCAUCCCUGUGCCCCGCGCCACAGCCCACAGCAAGCUGCACCCCACGGCCCCUCCAAGCACCCUGGAGCUCCCUGUCCCUGUGGGGGCUCUGUCCCCCCAGCCAGGGAGAGCAUUGGCCCCUGGAGCCAAGACCCUCAAGCCCAAAGGCAGCGGCAGAGCCCCCGGCCGCGAGCCAGCCAAGAGCAGGGAGGGCAGCCCCAGCAUCCCUCCCUGUGGGGGGCAGAAAGCUUUGUCGAGACCCCUGGUGCCCCCCAAGAAGUGGCCAGAGGUAGUGGGCAGUGGGAGGAGAGGAGCAGGCAGGGUUGGGGAGCCCACGGAGCUGCCCAAACCUACCCUGGCACAGGGCAGGGGAGGAGGGCGUCCAGGGGGGUCCCUCAGCAAGGGCAGUUUGGUGGCCACUGUGGAGACAGGGGAUGACCCCCGUGGCAGCUCACAGGGCCGAGGCUCCAUGUUUGGGUCAGGGGCCAUCACCUUCUCCUCAGGCCCCCUGCACAGCCAUCCUGUCACUGCUACCGUGGCACCCUUCCAGUACCGGCUGCAGGAGGAUGAGAGCGCCACGUUCACGAGUGACGAGAGCCCUGCUACCGCAGGGGGACCUGACCCCAAAGCUGGAUACCUGACAGCGCCCGGCGGGUUAAAUGGUUGCAGCGCGGGGAUGCUGGGGAGCAACCUCAAGAGUCUUCCCGACGUGGAGCUGGGCGAGGAGGAGCGCGGUUACCGGCGGGGCCCCGACGGCGGCGCGGUGAUGCCGAAGCGGGCGAAGUCGACGGCGGCGGGGCCGCGGGGCGCGGAGCUGCGCGUCUUCAAGGCGAGCAGCGCGGAGGGGCGGCUGCCGGCCGGCACCAACCUGCGUAAGCAGAAGUCGCUCACCAACCUGGCCUUCCUCACCGACGCCGAGAAGAAGCGGCAGCUCUACGAGCCGCGCUGGAGCGACGAUAUGGCCAAGGCGUCGCCAACGGGGGCGGCGGCGGGGGGGGGCGGCCGGGGCGGCGGCGGCCCCCGUGGCCGGGAGGCGCCCGCCAUGUCGCGGAGCUUGUCCCGCUCCGAGCACUCGCUGCUGUCGCCGCGCCCCUCCGGCCCCGCCAAGCCGCCGCCCGCCGGCAAGCCCAGCCGCAUUCCCCGCGGGCCCUACGCGGAGGUGAAGCCCCUCAGCAAGGCCCCCGAGGCGGGCGGGGGCGGCGGCGGCGGCGGCAAGUGCGACGAUGAGCUGCUGGGCGGGAAGGGGCCGGCGGUGGCGGCGGGCUCCGAGGAGAAGCCCUACCUGAAGGUGGACCCCGAGCUGGUGGUGACGGUGCUGGGCGACCUGGAGCAGCUGCUCUUCAGCCAGAUGCUGGACCCUGAGUCCCAGAGGAAGAGGACAGUGCAGAACGUGCUGGACCUUCGGCAGAACCUGGAGGAGACCAUGUCCAGCCUGAGGGGCUCUCAGGUGUCUCACAGCUCCCUGGAGAUGCCCUGCUACGACAGCGACGAGGCCAACGCCCGCAGCGUCUCCAGCCUGUCCAACCGCUCCUCGCCGCUCUCCUGGCGCUACGGCCAGGCCAGCCCCCGGCUGCAGGCGGGCGACGCGCCCUCGCUGGGGGGCACCUGCCGGCCCGAGGGCGCCCCCGGCUGGUACGCGCACGGCGAGCGGGCGCACUACUCCCACACCAUGCCCAUGCGCAGCCCCAGCAAGCUGAGCCACAUCUCCCGCCUGGAGCUGGUGGAGGCGCUGGACUCGGACGACGUGGAGCUGAAGUCGGGGUACAUGAGCGACAGCGACCUGAUGGGCAAGACCCUGACUGAGGACGAGGAUAUCACCACGGGCUGGGAUGAGAGCAGCUCCAUCAGCAGUGGCCUCAGUGAUGCCUCUGACAACCUCAGCUCAGAGGAGUUCAAUGCCAGCUCCUCGCUCAACUCCCUGCCCUCCACCCCCACCGCCUCACGCCGCAACUCAGCCAUAGCGCUGCGCACGGACUCGGAGAAGCGCUCGCUGGUGGAGAGUGGCCUCAGCUGGUACUGUGAGGGCGAGGAGAAAGCGCCCAAGAAGCUGGACUACGACAGCAGCAGCCUCAAGAUGGAGCACAGCUCCUCCAAGUGGCGGCGGGAGCCCUCGGAUGGUGGUGAAGAGGGUACCAAGGGUGGUGAGCUGAAGAAGCCUGUCAGCCUGGGCACCCCGGGCUCCCUCAAGAAGGGCAAGACCCCUCCGGUGGCUGUGACCUCCCCCAUCACCCAUACAGCUCAGAGCACCCUCAAAGUGGCAGGCAAGCCUGAGACCAAAGCCACGGACAAGAGCAAGCUGUCUGUGAAGGGCACAGGCCUGCAGCGCUCCUCCUCCGACGCCGGCCGGGACCGCGCUGCCGACGCCAAGAAGCCUCCCUCGGGCCUCACGCGGCCCUCGGCCUCCGGCUCCUUCGGCUACAAGAAGCCAGCUCCCGCCACCGGCACGGCCACGGUCAUGCAGGCCGGGGGCUCGGCCACGCUCGGCAAGGCGCAGAAGAGCUCCGGCAUCCCUGUCAAGCCGGUGAGCGGCAGGAAAACCAGCCUGGACGUCUCCAACGCCCCCGAGCCUGGCUUCCUGGCGCCGGGGGCUCGCUCCAACAUCCAGUACCGCAGCCUGCCCCGGCCGGCCAAGUCCAGCUCCAUGAGCGUGACCGGGGGCCGCGGCACCGCCCGGCCGGUCAGCAGCAGCAUCGACCCCAGCCUGCUGAGUGCCAAGCAGGGCAGCAUCUCGGUCUCGCGCCUCAAGGAGCCCAGCAAGAUCGGCGCGGGCCGCGGCGCGCCGGCCCCGGUGAACCAGACCGACCGCGAGAAGGAGAAGGCCAAGGCCAAGGCGGUGGCGCUGGACUCGGAGUGUGGGACCGUGAAGAGCGUCGGCUCCCCCGAGAGCACCCCCAAAGCCCAGGCCAACCUCCCGCCGGCAGCCAAGGUGGCCGAGCUGCCCCCCACGCCUCUCAGAGCGGCUGCCAAGACCUAUGUGAAACCUCCCUCCUUGGCCAACUUGGACAAGGUCAACUCCAACAGCCUGGACUUGCCCUCCUCCAGUGAGCUGCACACCCCCCACACUGCCAAGCUCCAGGAGCUGCACCCGACAGGCGGGCACCUUGCACCCUGCUUCAGCCCCAGUCCUGCCCCCAUCCUCAACAUCAACUCGGCCAGCUUCUCCCAGGGCCUGGAGCUCAUGGGUGGCUUCAGUGUCCCCAAGGAGGGCAGGAUGUAUCCCAAGCUCUCAGGCCUACACCGCAGUAUGGAGUCCCUGCAGAUGCCCAUGAGCCUGCCCAGUGCCUUUUCAGGGGGCAGCACCACCACCCCCACCCCUGCUGCUGCACCCCCAGCCAGCACAGAGGAGGAAGAGGAAGAGGCAGGGGAGCUGGGCUGGAGUGGGAGCCCCAGGCUCUCACAUCUGGACAGUGCCAACCGCGACAGGAACACGUUGCCCAAGAAAGGGUUGAGGUACCAGCUCCACUCCCAGGAGGAGGCCAAGGAGCGGCGCCAUUCCCAUGCCAUUGGCAGUGGGCUCCCCGAGUCGGACGACCAGACGGAGCUGCCCUCGCCCCCUGCCCUCCCCAUGGCGCUGGUUGGGAAGGGUCCACUCACCAGCAUCGUGAGCCCCACUGCCAGCACAGCCCCGCGGAUCACCCGCUCCAACAGCAUCCCCACCCACGACUCCACCUUCGAGCUGUACAGCACAUCCCAGAUGGGCAGCACCCUCUCCCUGGCCGACAAGUCCAAGGGCAUGAUCCGCUCGGGCUCCUUCCGGGACCCUGUGGACGAUGUUCACGGAUCGGUGCUGUCCCUGGCCUCCAGCGCCUCCUCCACCUACUCCUCCGCUGAGGAGAAGAUGCAGUCUGAGCAAAUCCGCAAGCUGCGCCGCGAGCUGGAGUCCUCGCAGGAGAAGGUGGCGACCCUGACCUCCCAGCUCUCUGCCAACGCCAACCUGGUAGCAGCUUUUGAGCAGAGCCUGGUCAGCAUGACGUCGCGCCUGCGGCACCUGGCCGAGACUGCCGAGGAGAAGGACACAGAGCUGCUGGAUCUGCGAGAGACCAUUGACUUCCUGAAGAAGAAGAACUCUGAGGCCCAAGCUGUGAUCCAGGGUGCCCUGAAUGGCACUGAAGUCACCCCCAAAGAGCUGCGCAUCAAGCGGCAGAACUCCUCGGACAGCAUCUCCAGCCUGAACAGCGUCACCAGCCACUCCAGCAUCGGCAGCAGCAAGGACGCCGACGCCAAGAAGAAGAAGAAGAAGAGCUGGCUGCGCAGCUCCUUCAACAAGGCCUUCAGCAUCAAGAAGGGACCCAAAUCGGCCUCGUCCUACUCGGACAUCGAGGAGAUCGCCACGCCGGACUCGUCAGCCCCCUCCUCCCCCAAGCUGCAGCAUGGCUCCACGGAGACCGCCUCGCCCUCCAUCAAAUCCUCCACCUCCUCCUCCGUGGGCAUUGACACAGCUGAGCUCUUCCAGGCCCACACUGAGGGCGAGCCGGAGAAGAAGGAGGUGUCGGAGCUGCGGUCAGAGCUGUGGGAGAAGGAGAUGAAGCUGACAGACAUCCGCCUGGAGGCUCUCAACUCGGCUCACCAGCUGGAGCAGCUGCGGGAGACCAUGCACAACAUGCAGCUGGAGGUGGAUCUCUUGAAGGCUGAGAAUGAUCGGCUGAAGGUGGCUCCAGGGCCCUCGGCGGUGCCAGGCUCUGUGCCUGGCCACAUCACGAGCACCUCAGCCUCCUCCUCCCCCCGGCGCUCCCUGGGACUCAGCCUUGGCCAUGCCUUCAGCCCCAGCCUGGGGGAUGCAGAUGUGUCCCCCAUGGAUGCUGUCAGCUCUGGCACCCAGAAGGAUGAGCUGACGCUGCGGAUCGUGGUGCGCAUGCCCCCGCAGCACAUCAUCAAGGGGGACCUCAAGCAGCAGGAGUUUUUCCUGGGCUGGACCAAGGUGAGCGGGAAAGUGGACUGGAAGAUGCUGGAUGAGGCUGUCUGCCAGGUCUUCAAGGAUUACAUCACCAAGAUGGAUCCUGCUUCCACGCUGGGGCUCAGCACCGAGUCCGUCUAUGGCUACAGCAUCAGCCACAUCAAGCGAGUGCUGGACACGGAGCCCCCGGAGCUGCCCCUGUGCCGCCGGGGCCUGACCAGCAUCGUGGUGACCCUCAAAGGCUUGAAGGAGAAGUGUGUGGACAGCCUGGUGUUCGAGACCCUCAUCCCCAAGCCCAUGAUGCAGCACUACAUCAGCCUGCUGCUGAAGCACCGCCGCCUCAUCCUCUCGGGCCCCAGCGGCACCGGCAAGACCUACCUGACCAACCGGCUGGCGGAGUACCUGGUGGAGCGCUCGGGCAGGGACGUCACCGAGGGCAUCGUCAGCACCUUCAACAUGCACCAACAGUCCUGCAAGGACCUGCAGCUGUACCUCUCCAACCUGGCCAACCAGAUCGACCGGGAGACCGGCACGGCGGACGUGCCCCUGGUGAUCCUCCUGGAUGACCUCAGCGAGGCAGGCUCCAUCAGCGAGCUGGUCAAUGGUGCUCUCACCUGCAAGUACCACAAAUGCCCCUACAUCAUUGGAACCACCAACCAGCCUGUGAAGAUGACCCCAAACCAUGGCCUCCAUCUCAGCUUCAGGAUGCUGACCUUCUCCAACAACGUGGAGCCAGCCAACGGCUUCCUGGUGCGCUACCUGCGGCGGAAGCUGCUGGAGUCGGACACAGACAUCAAUGCCAACAAGGAGGAGCUGCUGCGUGUGCUGGACUGGGUGCCCAAGCUCUGGUACCACUUGCACACCUUCCUGGAGAAACACAGCACCUCUGACUUCCUCAUUGGUCCCUGCUUCUUCCUGUCCUGUCCCAUUGGCAUCGAGGAUUUCCGGACCUGGUUCAUCGACCUGUGGAACAACUCCAUCAUCCCUUACCUGCAGGAGGGGGCAAAGGAUGGCCUCAAGGUCCAUGGGCAGAAGGCAGCCUGGGAGGACCCUGUGGAGUGGGUGCGGGACACCCUGCCCUGGCCGUCAGCGCAGCAGGACCAGUCCAAGCUGUACCACCUGCCCCCGCCCACCAUCGGCCCCCACAGCGCCGUGUCCCCCCCUGAGGAGCGCUCCGCCAAGGACACCACGCCCAGCUCCCUGGACGCAGACCCUCUGAUGGCCAUGCUGCUGAAGCUGCAGGAAGCUGCCAACUACAUCGAGUCUCCAGACCGUGAGACCAUGGUGGAUCCUGACCUGCAGUCGACUCUGUGAGGCCCGGACAUGCCAGCCCAGGUGGAGGGGAGCAGCUGCCAGCCACGCUCCCACCAGGCUGCUGCCCUUCUCCUUCAGUACCCCGGAGCAGGGUUGGCGAGCGGAGAGGACCUGGGCUCUGGCGCGUCCCGGCGGAGCGUGGGGAAGCUUGGUUCACACGUGGGAGAGAGCAAGGUGCCAUCUCCCCUCCCCACCCUGGGGGUAGGAGAAUCCUGGUUUCUCUUCUUGGUUUUUUCUGUCUCUACUGCAAACUCUUGGGUGUUGGGGCCAGGGUGACCGACGUGGCUGAGCCCCAGCUCCCGGGCACCGCAGGAAGGCCUCUGCGUGGGGCAGGGACCCCGCAGGAGCCACCUGGGCCAAAGCUGGGGAGCAGGAGGAGCAUGUGGCCACAGGAUGAGAACGAGGGCGUGAGGGUCUCCAGCUCCCUUCCCCCAGCCAGGCACAGCAGAGGGAGCAGUGCCACGGGAAGUGCCCACCCUGCGGCAGCCGAGGCCACAGGGCGCUGGCCGCGCUCUGCGUACGUUCCCAGUUCCGCCUGCAGGGCAGCCACGGCGGCCAGGACAGCCAAAUAAACCCUGCUCUGCUUCUUUUAGUUUGUUUGCCCCCUCCCCUCUUCCUUUGGCCGAGUCCAGACUUCACUGGGGUCCCUUUUUUGUUUCGGUUCUCUGCCCUCCUGGCUUGGAGCCCGUGGCCUGGUGCCUGGUGCCUGCCCCUUCCCUGUUAGCAGCUUCCUUUCCCUUUUGCAGCUGUUGGUUCCACCACUCAAACCACCUCUGUUACGAAACUGGUGCUCACUGGACAACCUCCAGUCCCUGAACCUACCUGCUGAGGCUUCACUGCCUGGCUGAGAUGGGACCUGGCAGCUGGUGGCAGUGGGAUGCUCCUUGGAGCAGCCCCUUGCCUGGUGGCUCCCCGCUCCCCAAAAGCACAAGGCAGAGUCUAGCCCUGGGGCUGGGAUCUCUCACCGGGUCAGGGUGCCACAGGGCAUCUGCUUUCCAACACAGCUGGCCCUGGGCAGGGGGAGGGUGCUGCUGCCCUAACCUUGGGCAGCCACAUGCCUGCCCCAUCCCUUUAGUGCUGGAGGGCACAAACUGCCCCAUGUCCCCUGGGUGCUGCCAGGCCUAAGGGUGCAGGUUCCUGAGCCAGGGUUUGGGGUUGUCCCCAUACCGCUGACUCCCCAAGGCUCUGUGCCCUGCAGCCUGACAGGGUCUCACUGUGGCCUGUGUUGGUGCUUUGGGGACACCUAGGGCUGCCAUCUCUCCUCUUGUCCCUACCAUGCAACUGUCACAGGUGAGGCUCCUGGCGUGGAGGGGAUCAACCCUGGUGCUGCCACGGUGCCUUAAUCCCUGGCCAUGCAGGAAGGGGCACGUGGGGCUUGGGCCAGGCCUGGCACAGCUUGUGCUGGCUGCAGUGUCCUAGGACUGUCCCCAAAGCCAACUUGGCUGGGCUGGGACAAGGGUGGCACUGGCCUGAGCAUGGCCAAGCUGGGGCUGCUGCCUUCAGCACCCUUUGCUUGCCUGUCCCUGAGCAUGGCUGCCCCUAGGGUGCUCACCAGGCCAGCACCUCCCUCCCUGAGCCCAGCUGGGCUCAGCACCCCCCCUGCUUGUCUCUGCUGCCACCCAGCUCAGCUCCCAUGCUCAGCUGGGGCCCCGAGGAGCCUUUUGGGGAUAGGUGACCCCAGGGCUGGGUCUGCCUGAGCCCUGCCAGGCUGGGGACCAGGCAGCCUCAGCCUCUCCUCUUAGGGCACAGCUGCUGUGGCCUUCAGGGACAUCUCACAACCCUCCAAACCAGGCAUCUCCUCCGAGGCUUGGCCCUGCCGCCAGUGCCCCGGGGGGCAGCUGCCAGCUCUGCCGUGGUGCUCUCUGCCCGGGCUCCUGGCCCUGCCUUGCUGCCCGGCGUGGUGCUCACUUCCUCUGUCCCACAGCCUCCUGCCGCGUCCCCGCUGCCACCCCGGGGCCGGCCAGCCUGGUCCCUGUGCCCAGGGCCGUGCCCACCCAGCUGGCUCGGGCACCAGGGCCUUCCCUUCGCCUUCGCUUGUGCCGCCGCCGGCCGAGGACUCGCUGUAAAUAGCUCUGUAGUGGAAAGCCCUGCGUGAGGUGGUGGGGCCUGGCCCCGAGCCCCUCUCCUCUCUUCUUUGGUACUCUGUGGUAGCUGUGCUGUGCUCUCUUCUGUUCUGAUUGUGCCAGGCACCGGCUCGGCAGCCGCUCGAGGCCGGCGCUGGGACCCGGCUCUCCCCUCCAGCCCCUCCUGCCCUCCCCACGGCUCUGGCGCCCCAACCGUGCACCUUUGGGGGCUGCCCUGCGCC